GUACAUGCACCGGUUGCCAAGCACUGCUAUCACAUUGUGUACCGUUAUAGUAAAAACAUCUGAUGUCAUUAGACUCUUGAGCCAUAAAUAAGAAGAUGAACGUUGUCGCGUUGAUAAGUGGGGGCAAAGACAGCUGCUACAACAUGAUGCAGUGUGUUGCUGCUGGCCACCGGAUCGUAGCUCUGGCCAACCUCCGUCCUGCUAACACAGAUGAGUUGGACAGUUACAUGUACCAGACAGUAGGCCACCACGCCAUAGAACUGUAUGCUGAAGCUAUGGAUCUGCCCCUGUAUAGACGCACCAUCCAGGGCUCUAGCCUGGACACCAGCAGAAACUACAGUAAAACAGAGGGGGAUGAGGUGGAGGACCUGUACGAGCUGCUUCACCUUGUAAAGGAAAAGGAGAGUGUCGAGGCGGUGUCUGUAGGGGCCAUUCUCUCCGAUUACCAGAGGGUCCGCGUGGAAAAUGUAUGUUUGCGGCUAGGUUUGCAGCCUCUGGCCUACCUGUGGCGCCAAGAACAAGAGUCCCUGCUCUCUCAGAUGAUAUCAUCUGACCUCCAUGCUAUCCUCAUCAAAGUUGCCGCCUUCGGCCUGGAUCCAGAGAAGCACUUAGGAAAACCUCUGGCUGACAUGGAGCCCUAUCUGAAACAGCUCUCUCAGAAGUAUGGAGUUCAUGUUUGUGGAGAAGGAGGUGAAUAUGAAACCUUCACCCUUGAUUGCCCCCUCUUCAAAAAGAAGAUAGUUAUUGAUGCAGCGGAGACAGUGAUCCACUCAGCAGAUGCCUUCGCUCCAGUUGGCUACCUGCGCUUCACCGAGAUGCACACAGAGAGCAAAGACAGCGAUGUGGUGGCGAGAGCUUUGCCCCAUGGUAGUUGUCCUUGCCAGAACGCCAUUGACAAGAUGACUGAGGAGGUGGAAUAUGCUGAUCAAGCUGAAGACAACCAGCAAGAAUUUACAUCAAAUUGUGACCUUAGUUGUCAGCGGGGCCACGAUCUCCCUCCAUCCUGCUCACCGAGAAGCUCCAGAGGCUAUCAGUGGAUCUCCGGCAUCAACGGCCUUCACAGCCAAGAACCCGGGAUCCAGGGCCAGACACGGGCAGCUUUCACGCAGCUGCAAAGUGAGUUGGACAGCAGAGGCUGGAAGAUGAAGGAUAUUAUCCUGGUCCACCUGUAUGUGAAGUGCAUGGAAGACUUUGUUCCACUCAACGCAGUCUAUAAAAAACACUUUGGCAUGAACCCUCCAGCCAGGCUCCUCUAUCCGCCGGCCAGCUGCUGCAGAUGGACUGCCUGCUCCACGACUGGAUCGAGCCCCCUGAGGAAGGCUGCUUCCACCAGAGGGAAGCCCUGCAUGUCCAGAGCCUGUCCCACUGGGCCCCGGCUAACAUCGGGCCCUACAGCCAGGCCCUCAGGAAUAAUGCUGCCUGUUCCGUCCUUUGGAGCUGCAUUUACAGAGACAAACACAAUAGCCAAAACAGGUCUGAAUAGGGAGACUAUCGGUCGAAUGGCUGUUAAACAUCUCCUCUUUCCUGUUGAGGUCGAUCAGUCGGUUUUCUGUGCAGGCCAAAUCGCCCUGGUCCCCUGCACCAUGCAGCUGGUAAAGGCUGGCACCAGGACGCAGGCCCAGUUGUCCUUCAGCUACGUGAAGAAGGUUCUGGAGGCGGUGAUCGGCAGCCUGACUCUAGCUCAUGUCGUCCAGGCCCACUGCUACACCACAAGACACCAAGACAUCCCCAUCAUCAGGGCCGUGUGGGAGAGCAUGCUGAGGGCUACGGAGGAAGAGAAGGUCAGCCACUGUGGAGACUUGUCAUGGGAGCCUGAGAGCAAACCUGCGCCAUUAUUGGUCGUUGUGGUCCCUGCUUUACCCAAGGGUGCGGCUGUUGAGCUUCAUGUAACUGCAGUUCAGGAUGACCCCACCGAAAGGGCCUCCUGUCACACGACUACAAGGGUGGCGUGCGGAUCCAUAGAGUGCCACACGGUGAGGUCUGCUGACAUGUGUAGUGCCUCCCUUUCGCUUUCCCUCGCUGUGCCCGGCGAUAACUUGGAGGUCACCGGCGCGACGGACGUCGCAGAAGCAGUUGGCGCUGCAUUCAAGAAAGCCGUGAAGAAGAUGGAUGCUGAGCUGGUACCACUGUGCGCCAGGGUGUUCUACAAGUGCACCCACUUAGUGGCUCAGCAGAUUGCUAAAGGGCUUGGAGAAACUUUGAGAAGCUCUGUGGGAGAGUUCUGCCCGUCCUUGGCCCUGGUUCCGGUCCUGGACUUGCCUGACUCCCAGAUCCUCCACCUGUCCUGCUGGCUCAAUUUAUAGAAACACAGCCAGAGUGAACAGCCAGACCCGGGUCCUCUGCAGCACUGGAAUUCAGUGGGGCUUUUGUGGAGGCGCGACCCUUACAGCCCCGACACCUAAUGACUUACAACCCGUCAGUGAGUGUGGAAAAGAAAAAGUGCGUAACUGCUCGUGAAUUUUGACUACUCAUCACUGCCGAUUGUUUAAAUGCGAAGCUGUGUCUGACUCUGAGUGAUUUUGAUGAUGUGCGGUUGUGAGGAUGUGUUUAUUCCGUGUCACAUCCCAGAACCUAGGCCAAUAAUUCACUUUGUCCUCUGCUUGAGUUGCAUACCGCAGCAGCUGUUAUUCUGCCCCGGAGAUGAGUCUUAUGGACCUUCUGUAAGCUAAAGCUGCAUACCAGAGGACCGGAGACCAUAGUCUACAAAAGGAGACACCAGCAACAUCUCAUCCCAUGAGGCAAUAAACUGUAUCCCCUGAUAUCCCACUGUUUCUGGAGGAAUUUCUCUCAGCACGCAAGCUAACACCCCUCAUAAAGGCCUAGCGCCACCGCUAACACCAUCUGUUCAGUUGUAAACCUAUAGAUUUACUGUGUGAGGGCUUUGCGGCGGUGUCUAAUGUGCGCGGAUGAGGUGACUGUGUUUCUCCCUCUCAUGCUCAAUGGGAUUCAAGGUGUGUUAUUAUUGUGUAAUAGGCAAUCAGCGCAGAGCACCUGAAAAGAUUAAGCCUCUUUAUGUUUUCUAUUGAUUCUAAGGCAACCUGGUUAAUAGGAGAGGGACACUACAACACACAGCUGCAGGGCAGGUGUGUGUUCUGUGUGUGUGUGUGCGUGUGUGUUUUGGGGGUGUCAAUGGACACAGGGUGAUGUUGUGGGAAGAAAAUAACACUAUUAACCAUUGCUCCUGGAACAUUUCUUUUCUCAAAGAUCAUGAACCGUAUUGAUGAUCUGAGUUGGAAUGCAUCUUCACUCCGGCUAUUCUCCUCAUCGCGCUUCUGUGAUGGCGGCAGAGUUGAGUGGACUAUUGAUCUUCACCCACUGCGAUGUUGUUUUGAUUGUUGUUAUCAAAAAUUGAACAAUAGAGGCGGCCAAUAGAGCCUGAAGAUUUUUAUUGAGGGUUGAAAAACACAAACAAGCAAUUAUUUAUGAGAGCGCGCCAACUCAUGCCCCAUAAAUAUACAGUGCGUGUUAAUGUUCACCUGUUUGGUUUCAGAGGGCCCUACCAGGGGGACAGUUUUGAAUGAUGCAGCUGUCCAAUAAGCACUAAGAUAUGGGCGCUUUUUAAUAAAACACUUUUAUUAUGUGCUUCUACACCUCAGUCAUGUAAACACCCAUACAUUUCAUGCACAAAUUUUUGAUUAUAGUUCACCGUUUUCAGCGAAUGUUGCUGUUAGACGAUUUGGCAAUGGAACAAAUAGCCUAAUUUUUGUAGAAGACAUCCCUCCGAGAGUGUUUUCUUUGUCAAAUUACUUGUUUAUUGUUUGUCUUUUUUUUUUAUUUCUGAAUGCAUGUAAUAGUCUGAAUGCCAAACAGUGCACUGUCAAACAUGACUGUCCUGAAUAAGCAUGUAUAUUCAGCAGUGUUACCUGAUAAAUGGUUUACAAAUAAUUUGAGCAAUGAAAAUGAAGUAAUGACACACAAUGGAAGUGUAUUAGUUUGAAUUUUAUUAUUAAAAUUCCACAUUUGCGAGCCAUUUCUUUGUUGAGUUUUGAAUCCAUUUGCCUUCCCCCUUUGUGGAACAACAGUUAAAUGAGCUCAUAUGCAGCAAAUACCAUUCAAACACAAGAGUCAGCACUUAAGUAAACACAGAGGAGCCGUGCCACUAAAAUUCAGCGGAUGACAAACACUUGUCGAUCAGCGCUGUGAACACAACGUUCUGUCUUUCAGCUUGCGUGUUUUCACAGACACGGGCAAAGCCACAAGUAUAUCGUCACACCCUCAUCAUAGCCAACGUGAUGGCUUAUGGCAGGCACAUUUCUUUGUGUCUUUUCCGCUGCCUUUCCUCACACAAUGAAUAAAGACAGGGUGACAUUUAGUUUUCUCAUGUGUUUUGUCAAAUGUACAUUUUCUACCAAGCUGAACCACUCUGCAAACAAACUGUCUGUUGUGGCUAACAUUGUCCUUUGUGCGCAGUGUGCCAGCCUGCGGCCCUUGUCAUUGUGGCCUUGCACAUGGACUUUAACUGUGUGUUUCUUCCUCCAGGCUAACCAGGCUGAUGUGUGUGACUCUCUCUCCCCGUAGCAGUGGGCUACAGUAGGGGAGCUUAGCUCAGGAGCGGCCUCGCUGCACGAGACGCCUCCUGACAUUGUGGUCUGUUUGCCUCAGUGACUGCGGUUUUGUUUGGUUUCAUGUUCGAAUCCUUUUUGUCUCAUAAUGCAUUGUUUUCUCCCUCUGACGUAUUGUGAAAGGAUGUCUUUAUGGUCACAGCACUGAUUUAAUGAAACUUGUUCUAUCUGUUGAACUGGCGAGCUGUCACAUGCUAUUGAGUGGUGUUUGCUGCCCUCUUGUGGUCUUUCUAAAAACUGCAAUUUAAGAAGAGCUUUAAAUUGUUUUGUACAAUAUCUCCUCUUAUGUACUGAAUGCCACAUUUUAUGAAUUAAGCCAAGACGCAUUAGAACUAUAGACAUUUUACAUUCAUCUUUCUACAAAGAUAUAUCUUGGAAUAACUUCUUCAAGUAUGUAGCGUUCUGAGUGAAGUCAUUAAAAUACUGAAUUCUUUUCCAAACAUUUUUUAACAUUGACAUUUUCACUAUUUUAAUUUAUUUUAUU